GUUCACGUCGUGCGGCCGUAAGAGGAGCAUGUUAUAUACUUGGCUGAGCUUCCAUUUGAGUUUGUUGACGUUUUUUAUAUUGUGAUUUCGUGAAAAUUUAAAUACAUCAAUAUUGUAUCAUGGAGGUAGGCGUGUGGGUGAUCGGCGUGGUGCUGCGAGUGGUGAACGCGCUGCUGUCGGCGGUGUUGUACGUGCGCGCGUUCUUCUCCCGCGCGCCGCCCCGCCUGCCGCCGCCCCGCAACCCCAUACUACUGCGCAGCGCCACCGACCUCGCGCGCGCCAUCAGGAGAGCAGAGCUGUCGAGUGAAGAGGUAGUGGGCGCGUUCAUCGAACGCAUCAGGGAAGUGAACCCGUACCUGAACGCGGUGGUGGAGGAGCGGUUCAGCGAGGCGAUGCAGGAGGCGCACACGCUGGACCAGCGGCUGUUCGAGGCGCGCUGGGGCGGCGCGGAGGCGCAGGUGCUGAAGGACAAGCCGCUCUAUGGCCUGCCAUUUACCGUCAAGGAGAGCUGCUCGCUCGCCGGCAUGUCGAACGCGGUGGGGUGCGUGGAGCGGGGCGGCAGCCGCGCGGCCAGCGACGGCGCGGCGGUGCGGCUGGUGCGCGCGGCGGGCGCCGUGCCGCUGCUGGUGUCGGCCACGCCCGAGCUGUGCCUGGGCUGGGAGACCACCAGCCUGCUCAACGGCCGCACCAACAACCCCUACGACCUCUCGCGCACGCCCGGCGGCUCCUCCGGCGGAGAGGCUGCACUGCUGGCGAGCGCGGCGUCCCCCAUCAGCGUGUCCUCAGACAUCGCGGGCUCCAUCCGCAUCCCCGCCGCCUUCUGCGGACUGUUCGGACACAAGCCCACCCCGGGCAUCAUCCCCAUCGAGGGGCACAUCCCGACGCUGGCGGACGAGCAGUACCCGCGCUUCCUGGCCGUGGGGCCCAUGUGCCGCCACGCCGAGGACCUGCCGCUCAUGAUGAAGGUGAUGGCGGGCGAGCGCCGCGCGCAGCUGCGCCUCGACCGCCCCGUCGACCUCUCCCGCCUCAGGGUGCACUACAUGACGGAGGCGUCCUCCUCGCUGGCGCUGCUUCCCGUGCACCCCGACAUCCGCGAGGCCGUGCUCAGCGCCGCCAACCACCUGCACCAACACUGCGGCGCCGCGCUCUGCGAGAAAAAGUUUGAAGCCCUGAAGGAUUCAGUGGAGAUGUCGAUAUCGGUGUUCUUCUCUAUGAAGGACAUCCCUAACUUGCUGCAAGAUCCUGCCAACCCUAAACGCGACAGGAGCCUGGCGCUGGAGCUGGCGAGGGCGCUGUGGGGCGCGGCGGCGCGCUCGCUGCAGGCGCUGUCCCGGCCCCGCCCUAGGGCCCCCCGCCGACCUGUACCACGCCUCGCCCUAGAAAUCCCCGAUAUACCGCCCCUCUACCUCACCCCCGCCCUAGGCCUCCUCACCACCCUGUAA